CUUCCCGAAUCGGAUCUCUCUCGAGGAGGAGAAGAACGAAUACGGACGCAGCAAAAUCGGUGAUCGGAGAAAAUGGCGAAACCGUUGGGGCCCACCGGGGAGUUUUUCCGGCGAAGGGAUGAGUGGAGGAAGCAUCCGAUGCUCUCUAACCAGAUGAGGCAUGCCCUUCCGGGGCUCGGCCUCGGCAUCGCCGCCUUCUGCGUCUUCCUUGUCGGCGAGCAGAUCUACAGCCAGAUUUCGUCGCCUACUCUGUCAUCCCAUCACCACCAAAAACAGCACGCGUAGAAGAAUUCUUUCUUCUUCGACCAGUUGGUUCCUACAUGAUCCUGUCUCGCUUGACUAAGCAAAGUGGAACAGUCACUUGAAGGAAGUAUUGUUUAGAUCAAGUUACAGAAUGUUGCUUGAUUUCAAUGCUUUUACCUGUUUGCAAACCCAGAAGUUUGUAAAGUUAGUUCCAGGUAUACUAGCUUUACCGGUAUGCGGGUAUUUUGGUAACGUAUCGGAUUUUAGAUUGAUUGUGAAUACUGGGACAAGUUCAGUACCUCUUUUCCAGCCAAGUAAAUCUGUUCUUUACAAUGGCUGAUCGGUGGAAAGAUCAUUGCUGAAGAAUAACUUUACCAGUAUCUUCAUUGUUGCCUUGUUUGUCCUUUGUUCUGAGCUUCAAGUUGAUGAUAUGAGUGUGAUU